AUGCACUCGCGUCGACCCGAAACCUUGAAGAUUGACAUCUCCAAGUAUAGGGGGGUCGAAGAAGACUCCCUCUUGAGAUGGUUCAUCGAAUUGGAUGACGCCAUAAGGGCGCGUCGCAUCGACGACGGGGAUAUGCAAGUUGCAUUUGCCCAGUCAAAUCUGGCAGGACGUGCCAAGACUUGGGCACUGGGGCUCAAGUUGCACGACCCACAUGCGUUUGGGUCGUUGGAAGUCUUCAAGUCGCGGCUCAGACAAACGUUUGAACCGCCUAGAGCUGAGUUCAGAGCUCGAACCGAACUCUUGAAGCUCAAACAGGGUAAGCGUGAUGUGCACGCUUACGCUCAACAUAUACGACAUCUCACGAGUUGUAUAAGUUCCAAUCCGGUGGAUGAACACACGUUGGUUUCGGUGUUCAUGCAGGGUCUUGCGGAUGGUCCCGUCAAGACUCACCUGUUCCGGCUUGAACUAGAUUCACUAGAACAAGCCAUUUCCAUUGCGGAGCAGGAAGACUUCAGUCUGAGACAGGCUCGCGCCAGCUCGACAUCAUAUCGUCAACCGAGACGAUAUGACAACGGAGGUCCAGAGCCGAUGGAACUCUGUUAUGUAGAGAGCGAGAAGGCUCGCUCUACAGACUACAAGAAGUUGCAGAAAUGCAACAGAUGUCAAAAGACAGGACACUACGCUUACGAGUGUAGUGCCCCCUCGUCCAGUGUCUCGCAACACUGGGCGUAG